AUGGCUCCAGCUCCUGCUCUGCCUCCUACAGUUCUGCAGCAGAAACAGACGAUGGUGACUAGGAUACUAGAUGCUGGUCUAUUGCUUUGCCAGCCAGCACCCAGAUGUGGAGACCAGAUGUACAACCCCUUGAUGCAGUGCUGUGACAAUGACACCAUCCUGCCUGUGAACAGCAUUAGUCUCUGUGGCUCUCACUGUAUCUACUGGCCCUGUUUCCAGCAUUGCUGCCUGGAGUCCCAGAAUCAGGGUGUCAUUAGGUUCAAAGUCCCAGGCAUGAAGCCCAACUGCAGAACCUCCCCCAUCUCCAUAAUCUGUGCCAAGUUGUACAAGGAAUGA